AUGGAGCCUAGGGAUCUGGUUGGCACUGCCCGACCCAAAGAGGCGGAGUUACAGGGAGGUAGGGUGGGGCCAAAUGAAGAGGACCAGGAAGGAGCAGCGCGUGUCAAUUUGUUGCGCAGCAAUGAUGUGAUUAACGGUGCAAUCAGCGAAGGGGAGGGGCUAGAGGAGCAGGGGGAGGGUCUUUUGGAGGAGCAGGAGUUCUCCAUCAAGGAAGCAAGUUUCCAGGAAGGAAGUCUUAAAUUAAAGAUUCAGACCACCAAGCGCACCAAGAAGCCCCCCAAGAACCUUGAGAACUACAUUUGCCCACCAGAGAUAAGGAUGACCAUCAGACCUCCAGCAGGAGAAGGAAAAGGUGGGCGACAGGGGCGAACAACCAGUGGGACAGGAGGAGGGCGGGGUCCAAAGGAUGAGGAGCGAGGACCGCCCAGAAAAAGGACAUACGAGCGCCAGUUCAGAAUGCCUGAGCAGAGAGAGGGAGGCCUGCUGCAACUUCUGGGAGAUCACACUCCACCCAAACACCAGCUUCGCAGCGCCCUCCUUCCCACACACACACUCUCACACACACAGCAAACACAGCACACUCUGACACAACAAUUCCAAAACAGUCAUGCACAUCAACACCAAAUCAAUCCAGACUGGAUCUCCUCCACGGUAUCAUCUACAUCUCCAGCCAAUCCUGCAGAUUCAGGGCCAGCCAGAGAGCUGACAGGAGCCAACAGGAGUACUUUGCUUGAUCAAACCCAACCUUUCUCACGAACAACACGGAGCCCCUCACCUCAAAGGUCCCCGACUCCAGACCUGCAGUUACCAGUGGUCACUGACGCCAGUAUUCUCAACCUGACCUCUCUCAGCAGGGGAAGGGGUUUGCAAGAGGUCAGUGAACAGCUCUUUGGGAACAUCAAGAGGAAGUACGGCAGGAAGGACUCCCAGAGGAUGCUCUGCAAUCCCCACAGUGGUGAUACACCUUGGGGAAAACAGCCAGAGAAAGGAUCGGAGAGCCCAAGUAAUUCAGAAGACAGGCAGAAGUACAGGCAAGAGGAGACAGCUGAGCUCUUCCAUGAGGAAAGAGAAGAGAGGAGAAAAGAAGAAAGAGAGCGAGCCAUUGCUGGGAGGAGAACAGAUGAGGAGGACAGGGGGAUGCCCAUGCUGACAGAGGAAGGCAAAGGAAGAAAGAGGAGAAGGAGGCCUUCUUUCGACGAUUCGUUUCCUGUAGAGGAGCAGUCACAUCAACGGCAGGACUCUGACACUACAGAGAAGCACCAGUCUGGGCCCCCGGAGCCCAAAGUAGCACACAAGUUGGAGGCUCACAAAAAUGAUUCUCGGUUCACAAGUCAGGCAGAUUUCAGCAGUGAGAGGAUGGAGAAAAUGGAAAGAUCAGAUAAAGGCGAUAAAAGAGAAAAAGGAGAGAGGGCAGACAGAAGAGAGACUGGGAGUGGACCUGACCCAGACAUAGCUCUGAGUAUAAACAGAAUGAAAAAGAAUCCAGUCGGUCGCCCGAAGAUCAGCUCAGAUACCGUUAAACACAGAGAGCCUACUCACAACAAUAUGAACAAACCUAGUCCUACUAUAAAUCCCAGACUCCCAAGCCCAAACCCCAGCCCCAGGACAAACAUCAGUCCAAGUCCCAGCCCUAAACCUAGGGCUAACAUUAGCCCUAGUCCCAGUCCUAGACCUAGGUCAACCCUGAGUCCGAGCCCAAGCCACAGCAUCAGCUCUACAACGAGCUCCCGACCAACAAAAGCCAAGGAUAGGUGGUCAUAUCUGAAAGCUAAAAGCCACACCAAUCUCAUGUCACCACAAAGGGACAUCCGGGGGAGCCCAUCAGCCUUAACAGACCCACCCUCAGCAUUUCCUAUUACUCCUUCUAGUCCCCUCUACACCAACACUGACAGCUUGACUGUUCACACGCCCAUCAAGAGGAAACGAGGACGCCCCAAGAAACAGCCCCUUCUAACAGUGGAGACCAUCCACGAGGGCACAUCCACAUCACCCCCGAGCCCACUGGCACAGGAAUCCUCCACAGGGCUAAGCCGCAGGAGGAAGACACACACUUUAAACACAUUAGUGCAAAUGGCCUCCACCAGCGCUAGUUCUAACAGCCUGAAACUAAAGCGUGGCAGGGGCCAUUCCAGACCAGUGAAUAAGAUGAAGCUUGGGAAAAUGCAGAGCAUCUUGAAUGAGAUUCUCUCUGGUUCCAGUCAGAGUGGCACUCUUGCUCUGAAAUCACCUUCUGCCCCUGUUACCUCAGCUAUGAGUGCUAUGGCAUCCACAAUCGAGGCUCGACUGGGAAAACAGAUAAAUGUCAGCAAGAGAGGAACCAUCUACAUUGGCAAGAAGCGAGGAAGGAAACCCCGGGCAGAAACCCAAGACUCUAACCCCCCCAAAGCUACAAGAGAGAAGCCUCCUUUUUCUGUUUCUGCAUCCAGUCUCUAUGAGAGCCCUGUAGUGCCUUCCACCACCUCCUCUCCCAGCUCUAGUGCUCCAUCACUAAGGGCCAUCCACUCUGAUGCCACUAUGCCCAGUCUGCAGCCCAUUUCUGCCCUCCCCUCUAAGCCAUUGGGAAGGGGCUUCCUCUCUGGAGGGUGGAAAUUGUCUCCUCCACGCCUUCUGGCUAAUUCACCCUCCCAUCUGUCUGAGGGUGCAUCAGUGAAGGAGGUGACCCUGUCCCCCAUCAGUGAGUCCCACAGUGAGGAGACUAUUCCCAGUGAUAGUGGAAUUGGGACAGAUAACAACAGCACAUCGGAUCAAACUGAGAAGGGCCCUGCUUCUAGACGCAGGUACUCAUUUGACCUGUGUGGAUUUGAGUCUGCUGAGGCAGCAGCUCUGGAAGCAUCCAGCAGGGGAAGCAGGACACACUGUGAACGGCAAGUGACUGCUGUGGACAACUUUCUGACGCAGCAGGAGAAGAAGCAAAAACAUCAUCGGCGGAAGAGGAAGUGCUUACAGAGUCGGGAUCAUCUUCACUUUCUCUCUGAACUGGAAGAGGUUGUACUGAAGCUCCAGCAGCUCCGAGUGUCUCAUCGGCGAUACACCUGCUACCCCCAGCACCCAUAUCCCUCCAUUUUCCGUCUGAACUUCCAUCAUUACUACCCUGUUACCUAUGACUCCUACCCCUGUGACUCCAGCCCGUACCUCCGAAGGAGUGCCGACCUGAAGGCUAAGAGGAGGCGCGGUCGUCCAGCCAAAGCCAGCGAGCCAAUCACAUCGAAGCUGCCUUUUGUUCAAGGAUAUGGUUAUCCACUGGCAGGGGGAAAUUACUAUGCAGCACCCUAUGCCAUGCCUUACGCACCCCCUCUGAGUCUGGGCUACUUCCCGCCUGCUCCCCCAUUCUACCUGCCCCACCACUCUCUAGGACCUGCACCUUCAUCUCCUUUCAUGAGGCCUGCUGUCCCCCCUCCCAAAGCUUUCCAUUCAGGUGGGCACUCAAAGCUUCAGCCAGGGGCCAAGCUUCGUGGUACGAGUGGCUCACUACAGGGGGCUUCUAUAAGAGGAGAGAGCCUGGGGUCCUUGGGCGGAAGCAGCGCAGGUGGUCUUGCAGGGGUUCGCCUACAUAAGAGGAAACAUAAGCACAAACACAAGCACAAGGAUGAACCACUCCUUUCUCCACGAGACAGGCAGGAUCUGGGAGGACUCUUCAGUGGAGCUAAGACCAAUGCACGUCUCAGCAUGCUGAGUGACAGGAGGGACUUGGUCAGUCAGGGCUCUUCAAAGCAUCUAGACAAGCAGAGAGGCAGUGGAAGAGCCCCAAGUCUGGGAUCUAGUAUAGGGAUGUUUGAAUCAGAUCAACUGUCCACGCACACUCUUGCUGACAGCCAGUUCCACUCCCGUCAGACUGGGCAGCCAAUGAAAAGCUUCAUGAGCAGCUACAGUAGCCAAUCACAACGGUCAGAGUCAACUUCUGAUGUUUUUUUGGGGUCACGGGAGGAUGAUUGCAGUGGGAGGAGCAGGAAAACAAGGCUCGCCGUGUUUGGAGAUCAGGGCUUAAUGUCAUUUCAAACUGCCAGGCAGGAGCCAGGACAGAUGACCAAGUGUGCCAGUGCCUCCCUUGCUGGUGUUCCCAGUAAGCGGAGAUAUAAGCGACGCGAGGUGGAACAGAUCCAGAAGGAUGUGAGGAGGAUGCAUUCUUUGAACUUUGAGCAUGUGCAGAAGAUCCUCCGUGCCAAGCGCCUGCAGCGACAAGCCAAAACAGGAAACAAUGUCAUCAAAAGGCGGCCAGGACGGCCCCGUAAACAACCGCUAGAAGAAUCUGGGCUGGUCAGUAGAAGGGAGGAAGACCGGGCUGAUGGGAGAGGGUUGGACAUGUUGGUCAGUAGGAGAGCUGAUGGGAGGACUCUGGGGAUGCCUGUUCUGGAAAGGUGUGAUGACCUGCCGGGGCGACAGAGUCUCAGGCCAAGUUUGACCCCUGAGCCUCUGGAGUUCUCCAAUCACGACUCCAUCUCAGCAACAAUUGAGACAGUGGUGCAUCAAGCACGGGCUGUGCCUCCGCUGACAAAAGGUGGAAAACGCAGAGGCAGGGGCCACAACAGGGACGAGUUAUGGGCUCCUUCCAGUUAAUAGUCCUGCAGGAGAAAGCAACUCCCUAACCAAACAGAGCGCAGUUAGAGGAGUCCAUGCUGUUUCAUCCCUACAGAUGCAGUGCCCUUAAAUCUGGGACUCCUUGGUGCACUUUGAUUUGUUUCUCCCCUCUGAUUUGUUGGACUACAGAUGGACAGUGGAGGAACAGAAGGAGGGGACACUCACAGUGCCAUCCCUCAGCUAAACCCAACCAGAUAUGAGCCUUUUAAGGAUUCAUUGGACCUUCAUUUAAUAUGGCACUAUAUGGUACUAUUUGAUACUGAAUCUAAUGCUAUAAAAUGUGUGGUACUUAUGAUAGGGUAGGAUAAUAUGUGAUUAUUAUGUAUCUGAUACAGUGAUGUGUAUGGUACUUUAUGAUACUGUAUCUGAAUGUGGCUUUAGCCAUAUAUUUACCAGCAAGGGGAAGGGGAAUGGUUAUAUAAAACUGUGCAGCUCUGCUUAUUUUUGUCUUUCUAAGGAAGCUUGUCAAAGAUGUGGGAUAAAACAGCAGUUAUUAAGCCACCUUACCCAAUUACUAAUCUCUGUUUUUGCUCUCACAGUUGUCUGUACCUUCCAUACUUUAUUACUUUUCCAGAGGAGUACCUGAUACUUUCUGGUUGCUCCUUCUCACCCCUUGUCCCCCUUCCUGCUCCACACUCAUCCCAAUCCUUUAGCUGCUCACCUCUUUUCACCUUUGUCCUCUCAACUACUCCCAAUCAUGUUUUACAUUUCCUGUUGCUUUGGUACCUCUGCCUAACCCUGUCUUCAUUUUUCUCCCUGCUCAGGCCUGUCUGGGCACUAAAAUAAAGGCAAUAUGGUGGAUGAGAUUGUCCCAGACUGUACAUAGAAACAAUGUCCACUAUUGCUUGCCUUGUAAAAUGGGAAACCAGCUCAUAGACAUGUACUGACAUACAGUAUAUCAAAUAGAUUUGUUGUACCAUAGACAAUGAAAGUUGUGUAUUGUUUUGUAACCAAAAACAGACAUGGGUGCGACUCAAGACAAGUUUGUUUUCAGACAGAUCGAACCGCAUAUUCAUUCAUACACUCAUUACUGUGUAUAUAUCCAGGGGGCAUUGCGUACAAGAGAAUAUCAGGUGUGUUUUUGGCAAACCUUAAAAUUGGUUUAAUGCACUAUGAAAAAUAUACUCUUGCAUCAAUCAAAUGCAGCACUUACAUGCUUGUUCCAGCCUUAUGUUUGGCCUUCUGUGGUGGUGAUAUCCAUUCCAGAGAGCAUGCAUUAUUUUAAUCAAUUUGUAUAUGCAGGCUGCGCAGCCAAAAGCGUCAAACCGAAGCCCUAGUCGGACUCGAGAUUGGACAGUUCAGCUGAAGAGGGCUCACAGUCAGUGUUUUGAAAAGCUAAUCCCAGUCUUUCUAUUUAACAUGAUUUUUCAAUCCAUAUCCUUAGAAAUAUUUUUGGAAAGUAAAUCAGAAACACAGUAUUUAGAUUUAGAAACCAAAGUCUCAGUAUUCAGUGUAAGGAUGUAUUAUUUAAAAUCUAAAUACGAGUUUGACAAACUCUCCACCAUGUUGGCACCAGUGUAAAGCAUUCCUAUGUGCACUCAGAAUGUAGCCAUCUUGGAUUUUUGUGACAAUAUGUUAAGCCUUUGUUAAACUCUAUUUACAGUAUCUGUGGCUUUGGGUAGUGGUUGGUAUUUUCUCAAUUAAGUAUUUCAUAAUAUAAGCAAUGGAUCAGUGUUUCUUUGGCAAAUAUGUUGAAGUUUUGUUUCAGGAGAUUCUGUUUUUCUUUAGGCGGGGUGGGAUUCUCAGUUGCAGCAGUUCAACUUGUGCCUUAUGUUUCUUUCUCUCACCAAUUACAUUUGACCUGAGAAAAACACAGUGGCAGAGUGUCCCAGAAAUUGAUCCAAAAUGUUCAUGAUUGUGCAUACAACGCAUGUGUCUUAGUCAUCAGAAUCCUGACACUGCCUCCGUCUCUUCACAGCUUCCAUAGUCAGCAUCCUCUGUCAGUGGGCACUGAGUCGGUCUGUCAGCUUCCUCCUAGGUUUCUGGACUGCUGAAGAUGAUAUUACUCUAUUAAAUACACAUCCUGUACUGGCCUUCUGACUUGCAUUGGCUUUCCACCAGUGGAAACGUACUCUGUUUCAGAUGUGUUUCUUUCCAGAGAGAUUCGAUUGCACUCAGUGUCCUGAACAUCUACUUUAAGAUCAAUUAUUUUGCCCAGUAUAUGACCAGUUAUUCACAACAUAUAGCUUUUAAUGUGCUGGGAAGAGAGAGGGAACAGAGGAGGUUGUCAUGGAAAGCACAUUCUCAUACAUUGUUGUUUGCUAUGCAUCAGGCCGUGCCUGGCGAUGACCUUAAAAGGAAUUUCUGUUCUGGGUCCACCCUACGACAAAGAGAAAUAAGUGGUCUUAUUUACUGAAUAAAAUUAAUUCAUGUUACAAGAAUUGUGAAUAAUACCAGUAAUAAUUUGUAAUAAGUUGUGCAGAAAGUGACUAUCAUUACAUGAAAACUAUAGUUACUGCAGCUUUAUGCAGUACAGCCUUAACCAGAUGUAAAACUACAGUAUUGAAGUGUUUGUUGUAAAUAGUGUUAGUAUGUCCAUCCUGCAUGGAUCCCGGUUGGGCUUGGCUAGGCUGAGGCUAUCUCCUAAAACCACAGUAGACCUUCUCUCUCUGUUAAGACUGAUCUAGACCUAAGUAAACUUACAGUUGAAGAUUUUUCUAUUUGACAAAUUCUGCAGUGCAGUCAAUGUUCCAGUCCAUUAAAUUGCACAGACUGCUAAAUGGUGAAAUAAUUUGCCUUUAAAAGUUCUUGGUGCAUAAAAGCCCUACUGUAGUGUAUUCUACCAAAAAUAGGAAUCCCAGCUGAUUUGCAGCAAUUUUGCCUGCAGCCAGCUGGGGCAGUGCAGUAGCAUAAAGAGUAAGCAAGAGGGUUGUGUGUGGAGGGAGUUCUCAGAGGAAAUAGCCAAAAAUACACUCGUCCUAAUGUCAGUGUGCUUAACCUUGCUUUGCUAGAUGACUUUCUGUGGGUCUGCAGUCUGUUGUGGCGAAGAUGAGGUCUAGAUAUGUGGUCCGUGAGGUGUAGAGACUACAUGCUUGGCAGCUUACUCCUCCAUACUGUGGUCAGUCAGCAGUCUCUGAUGCUAGAGUUAAAGACCCCAGGUGUUGUGUGUCCUGUCUGUCUUUCCUACCAGCCAAUGCUCCGGUGCCUUCUAACACUGACAAGUAUUGUCCUAAUCCAGAGCUUUCACUCUACGCAGAGACUGCAGAGGGGAUGUGGCUGUGAUGAGGGUUCAACAUCAGUCUUGUUUUGUAUUUAGCAGCCACUCUGGACCAGUGGCUACAGGAGGGCCCUAAGCACUGAUGUAGAGAUCUUUUAACUUGUCUUUGGUCAUCUUAUCAAAGACAACGCAGCAGUAUUUGAUCUUAGAUCAGUGGUCGGGGUAAAUUUACUGUAGUCCACCCUCACCAGUUCAAUACAGCAACUAGGAUGGGAUAUCAUGGCACCCAAUGGGUGUCACGUGAGACAGAGCCUCAUAAAUGUACAUGUAGUCAUCCUCACAGCAUCCUUUACAGUUCUAAGCUAUAAUGUUGUUCAAAGCUGAAAGUGCAGAUAAAUCAUUGAGAAAACCAAUAAAUGUACUUCUUUAGAGCACAAAGUGAGCUCUUCUAACAGUGUGGGCAUAUUUUAGUUUGUAUACAUAGUGUAUUUGAACCUUUUUCUAGAGUGGGUUUCCUUUAUUUGCAUGCUCAACUUGAUUGUAUGCAUAAAUAUUUUAGACAAGCUGAAAGUUGAAUUUCAAUUGAAUUUGGAGCAAGACUUGUACAUUGUUUGAUAUGUUUCUUUUUGUAAUGAAUUUUUUAAUUCAUGAAGCAUUUUUGUACAUUGUAUGAAUAUUAAAAACUGCAAAUAUUUGACAUAUAGAGUAAAUACUAGAUGCGCAUGCAUAUGCAUAUAUCCUCCACAGUAUGUAUGUGUAAAUGUACACAUAUAUUUUGUAUUUGCAUUUGCUGGCAUACAGAUAUAUGUCUUAAGCACAUAUAUACAUGCAAUAUAUAUGUAUAUCCAUGUCCGCUGGCAUGCUUUUGGUCAUGUUUAUCUUUCAUGAUCUUGUAGGUUAAUUUUUUUGUUUUUUAAUUUCUCUUUCCUCAGAAAGAAUAGCUCAUUCUUUUGCUACCCUUCUGUUGGCUGGCAGCGUUGAGCACUUAUUAAGAAGAACUACAGUUGAAGUUGUUCAUGUUAUCCAUUGUGUGAAAUAAUAAAUGACUUUAUUGACAGCU